UGAAAAAGGUAAAUUGGAAAUAAACUAGGGGUAUAACGAUAUAUUGUGACUUGACAAAAUCAGUCUUGGACUUGGAGAAUUGCGCCUUUCUACUGCUGCUGCUUCUUCUCCUGUCUCUUCACUCUGCCAUGGAAAUGCCGAGGUAAAUUGGGAACCAAGUUCCCUCCCAGAUUCAGUCUGGCAGUUCUGAUUAGGGUUUCCUUCUUUCUUCGUUCGGGAAUGCUGGGUAAAAGGGAGGGAUUUUUUCCGGGUAAGAAUAUCUCUCUGCCUUUGCUUCGCUCUGUUUUGUGUGAAUAGUGGUGUGGGUAAUGGGGGAAAGAAUGGGGUUACGAGGAAGAAAAAGGAAAAGGAGUGGGUUUGUGGAAUAUCCGAGGUCGGUUAACAGAAUGAAGAGGGGUGGGAGAAAUGGAUGGGCUGGUCAAAGUUCGGAGCUUUCUGGUUUCAAAGGGAGAGGGUUUAGUAGUAAUAACAAACCCUACGGUUAUGAGGCAGUGGAUAGAGAUUACAUGAGGUUGCUUCAACCCGCCUGUGUAGAACCGGAAGAGGAAAUGGAUGCUGAUUUUGUACAGUUCAUGAGGGAUGUUGGCAGUUUGGAAGCGAGAAUGUCUCGUUCUUCUAGGAGAUGCAAGUUGGUGGGUGAAGGAAUUGAGGCUGGUGAGUAUACUGAUAAUGGUGAAGCAUCGAGGAAGAAGAAGAAGAAGAAGAAGUGUUGUCGUGGGUUUCAUAAGUGGAAGAAAAAUACUCCUACUGGUUCCUCAGGGGAUUUCCAUGGUGAUGCUGUUGAAGAAUCUCUUGAUGAGGAUAUUCUCGGUGAGUCUUCUGAUGGUGAGUAUGAAAUGUUCUUGGGGCAUGUGAAGGAGGAGGGGGAUUCUUACGUGGUCAGCAUUCCUAUGGGCCAUGGGAAGUGGUCAUCUUUCUCCUACGAAGCUGUAGAUUUAGGUACAUGGAAGGGUUAUGCAAAGAAAGAAGGUAGGAAAGGUAAUGGUGGCGUAAACUGCUUAAAUGCUGGGAGAGGUGGAGUUUGCACUCGGUCUAAGUUUCGCUUGAAUAGGAAGAGAAGUCCAGUGGUGGGAAGGAAGACCAUGAACGAGACCACAGUUGGGUUAAGCUGUGGAAAGACUUUGAGAAAUAAUCAGGGGGGUCAGUGGAAGACUUCUGUUGCCAAUUCGUCAUUAGGCAAUGAAAAUGUUUUUGGUGAGUCCCUUGGUGACGAUACUCUAUGUGUUAACAAUGUUACUGUUGACGAACCUUUGGCUGUUCCUGGUGUUAACAAUGUUACUGUUGAUGAACCUCUUGAUGGUGAAUAUGAAAUGUUCCUGGAGCAUUUGACGGUGCAUGAGACUUCAUACAUGCUUAAUGUUACUGCAGGCGAUGGGAAGUCGAUAUCUUUCUUGUACGGAGCAGAGGAUUGCAGUACAAGGGAGGGUUUUGCAAAGGGAGAAGGUAGUGAUGACUUGCAGCCCAAGAAGAGAAGAAGAGAUGAAGAUUGCAUUAGCUCUAAGGUUAGGGUCGAUCAGCAGAAGAGUGAUGUGGUUGGAAGGAAACCUAUUAACAAGACUAAAGUUGGCUGGAGAAGUGGAAUGGGGAUCAAGACAUGCCAGUCUAACUUGUUGACUUCUGAUGCCAAUUCAUCUUCAGGGUUUAGGACGAAUGAUGCUUACAAUUUCACUCUAGAAUCUCUUGAUGGUGAAUACGAAAUGUUCUUGGAGCAUCUGACAGUGCAUGAGAAUUCUUACAUGUUUGAUGUUACCACUGGGAAUGGGAAGAAUAUAUCUUUCUUGUACGGAGCAACAGACGAGGAUUUUCCGUGCAAGAAGAGAAGAAAUGAGGGGAGGCUGAUGGAACUUCCUAACUGUGAUGAUGCCUUGAGAACUGAGGAAGAGAGAGGCAUGGAAGCUCGUAGAGAUCUAAGCGAGCAAGGAAUGGAAACUCUGAAUCCAGAAAUUGCAGUUAGCACAGUUAACAAGGCGAGGUUGAUGCAACUUCCUAAUGGUGAUGAUACCUUGAGAACCAAGAAAGAGACAGCCAUGGAAGCUUAUAGAGAUGUAAGCCCGCAAGGAAUGGAAACCCUGAUUGGACGGAAUGACACUGAAAGAAGUGAGGGUAUGAAUCUGUCCAUUUAUCGUGAUCAGUCUGCUGAUAAAGGGCCUGAAAUCGAAAAUCUUGAUUCAAUCAAGCAACAGUGUGAAGAGGAGGUUGGUGGUUGUCAGGAUCAGGUGGAUAAAUGCUUGAAUUUGCAGAUGGAAAAUUUGAUUGCUGAUGAAGAUGCUAUCAAAGAAGAAGAAGUAGAUCCAACAAGUUCAGCUGACUCGGAUGAUAUUGUGAUUGUAAUCGAUCCUGCCACAUUCUCUCAUGACAACAACACUCCAUUUUUGCCUACAGAAGAUCCUCAACUAUACGUCGUACAGUAUGACGACGAAGAAGACGACCCUACUGUCAGAAGCGACCAUUCCGAGUUCCGAUCGAAGCUGAUGGAGAUUCUCAGACAGCCAUACUGCGACGAGGAGUAUGACAAACUGUGGGCAGAGGUAUCUCGACCAAGGCAGAAGCAAUUCGACGAAGACAUGCCACGUUCAUCUCGAGACAAACACUCCCAUGGCAUGUCUUACCUCGACCAACACAAAGACUUUGCGAAGAAGAUUGCUGAGGUGCAGACUAGGCCCGAUCUCGAGAACCGUCGCUCUCGCAUGAUGAACCUCUUACGUGGGUUUGUGUACUUGAUGCAGAAUUUACCAGCUGUUGGAGCUUUUAAGCCGUGGGCAGACAAGUUGUGUUUGGAGGUGCUGCCAUCAUUAAGGUGUGAUGGCGAGGCUAACUAGAACUAGUGUUGAGUUACCACUGCCAUUAUUGUUGUAUAACGUGCUAAGUUCAGAAACUUUGUGGAAAGGAACGUAGUCUGUAGUGUCUCAGAAUCUCUUGAGCUUUUAGUGGCUGCUAAUCCAUUUUCCACCCUGUUCUAUACUGUUCUGAAUUGUAGCAAGUUCAAUACCUUGUAUCCCUUCAUUAUGAACCCAUGGUGGACAACAACUGACCAUAUUUUUGUAAAACCUUAAUCAGCGGAGUGGUAUUUAGUGUGCAAUCGUGGUUUGACGGGUAGUACACUGAUAGGCAUCAGCUGUGGGAUGCUACUGCAUCUGAUCCUAAGUUGCUUGUAUUCUUGAAGGCAUAUCGAAAUCCUGUUCUUGUACCAAGGCACUUGUCUCAGUAAAAAAAGUAUCUUCAGGACAUGGUUUAGGCAUCUCCUGUUGUAUUUGAAGUUUUUGAACAGGAUGCUUUGUUUAAAGGGUACUCUAUUUGCAGUUGGGUGGUUGGAGGUAAAGUGAGGUGGCUGCUGAAUUGUAUUGGAUUGAAGACCUCUGUGUCUGUAUGCUUAAGUAGGAAGGGUCCUCGUUUCAGAAUCCAGAUGAUCUUUGUUGACCCACUAGAGUCUGUGAUUAGUCAAACCUUGUGUUCUUACUAGUCUAAUUGCAGCAACCCAACCCAACACUGCAG